AUGCCCAUCAACAAACCACCACAUGCAACCUCAAUUAUGUUGGUCGGCGAUACACCAUCACACCCAGCCCAGCCUAGUCGGCGAUACACCAUCACACCCAACCCAGCCCGUCGAAACUGGUCCACAAAGUCUUUUCCUCCAUUCAAAUCAAGGUCAAAGCUAGGACAAGAAUUCCGAACAUAUGGAAGUCGGAAACCAUUAGGAAGGUUUUUUCCAUCGAACGAAGGUUUGUCACAAUUCACUAGCACUAAUAUAAAUGCCAAUAAUGUAAAUGGUACAAUCCAUUUAUACUCCAUAUUGGAGACUGGAGAGAGUUGUGUAAUGUGUUCCUUCACUUGGAAGAAAAGGAGUGGAUGUUAAUGUGAUUACGAAGAAUCAGGAAUAUUUAGGGAUUAGGUUUGCACGACAUAAUUAG